UUUCACAUGUUUGUUUUGUUCUGUUUGUGCUGGUGCAGUCUGAUUGGUGUGUUUAGUGAGUCAGUGUCAGUGAUGGAGGGAGAUUCUGUCACUCUAAACACUGAUGUUACUGAAAUACGUGAAGACGACGACAUAACGUGGACAUUUGGAGCUGAAAACUCUCUCAUUGUUAAAAUCAGCACUGAGAAACACACCCUCUUCACAUUUGAUGUUCCAGAUGGGAGAUUCAGAGACAGACUGAAGCUGGACAAACAAACUGGAUCUCUGACCAUCACAGACAUCACAACUCAACAUGCUGGACUCUAUCAACUAGACAUAAUGGGUGUAAAAUGGUCAUCAAAAACAUUCAGUGUUUCUGUCUAUGCUCGUCUGCCUGUUCCUAACAUUACUAGAGACUGUUAUUCACCAUCAUCAGGAUCAUCAUCACAGCAGAAUUGUUCAUUGUUGUGUUCAGUGGUGAAUGUGAGUCAUGUGACUCUCUCCUGGUACAAAGGAAACAGUUUAUUGUCCAGCAUCAGUGUGUCUGAUCUCAGCAUCAGUCUCUCUCUACCUCUGGAGGUGGAAUAUCAGGAUAAAAACACCUACAGCUGUGUGCUCAACAAUCCCAUCAGCAACCAGACGAGACAUCUGGACAUCAGUCAACUCUGUUGCACAUGUUCAGGCUCAGUCUCUCUGAUAGUGCUGAUCUGUGCUGCUGGAUCUCUGUUGAUUGUAGCUGCAGUCGGGGUUUUCUGUAGGAAACACAGAGAAACUGAUCAAGAAGUUCAGACUCGUACAGAAGAGAUCCUUUACACUGAUCUGAAAUUCCACAAAAGAAAGGAACAGAAAUCGCAUGUUAAAGAGGAAGAUCAUGUGGAGUAUGCACCUGUUACCAUGAGAAGAUAA